CUGCGUUGCUGUCCCUCCACCCAGAUCUUCUACUUUGGGCACUGUGAGGACGCUGGGAAGGACGGAGGGCAGGGCAGUGCUACAAAGACCCGGCAGGUCUGGGACGUCCCCGGGGAAUUCCAAUCAGUUUUCCCGGUGCUGGGGAGUCCCCCUGGCCCCUGUGAGCAAGGUCGCAGAGGGAUACUCGCAGUGGGUCGCCACCCUUGGCUAGCUCCAGAAGCCCAAGUCCGUGACUCGGGAGGCACAGCGAUGGCAGGCCCCCGGCACCCCGUGUCGGUAUGCACACUGGCCCUAGUGCAGACAGAGCGGCAUCAGACAUUUGCCUUCUCUGUGAGCUGGUCGGACGACAGUGACACCUUUGUGCGCAGGAGCUGGGAUGAGUUCAAGACACUCCACAAGACCCUCAAGGAAACCUUCCCGGUAGAGGCGGGCCUGCUGCGGAGAUCAGACCGCGUUCUCCCCAAGCUUCGCGACGCAUCGCUGUUGGUGCGCGGGGGGCGCACCGGACGCGGCCUAGCGCGCCUGCGGCUGCUGGAGACCUACUCGCGGGCGCUGCUGGGGGCGGCGGAGCGCGUGUCCCAGAGCCCGGCGCUCACCGGUUUCUUCGCGCCGCAACCCCUGGACCUGGAGCCCACACUGCCACCUGGCAGGUGCCUGACUCGCCCCCAACUCCCUGCCUGUGGAAGAACUUGGAGGCUGGGGGGGGGGGGGGGUGGUGGUGGUGGUGGGACCUACGAGGAGCUAAGGCUGGGCGGACUGGUGAGGGGUGACCUCUCACCUGUACCCACCGCCCUUCCCAGUCUGGUGAUCCUGCCUGCCCCUGAAGAGCCCACGCCCCGCCCACCGGACAGCCUCACCAUCCGUGGCCUGGAGGCUCAGAGCCUGCGCUGCCUGCAGCCUUUCAGCACCCAGGACAUGCAGGGCCGGCCUUUCCAAGCACGGGCCCAGGAGGCCCUAGACGUGCUGCUGCGACACCCCUCAGGCUGGUGGCUGGUGGCAAAUGAAGACCAGCAGACAGCAUGGUUUCCUGCUCCCUACCUGGAGGAAGCAGCCUUGGGCCAAGAGCAACAACCCCUAGGGAGUGGUGGGCCCCAAUUCUGCACUGCCCUCGCCUAUGAGAGCAGCCACGAGGAUGAACUGUCCGUGCCCGCAGGGGCGCGCGUGCGCGUGCUGGAAACAUCCGACCGCGGCUGGUGGCUGUGCAGGUUCGGCAGGCGCUCUGGUCUUCUCCCGGCCAUGCGGCUGCGACCAGAGGGCCUGGGCGCUCUCCUGAGUAGACCGGGGCUCCACCGCGAGGCCAACGGCGAGGAGGUUAGAGUGGGAGAGGCCCAAGGCUCCCCUGAGACCUCCCAGGCUGCGACCCUUCCCCCUACCGUGCCCGCCCGCCCCACGCUGAGCGCCAUUCAGAGCCGCUGCUGCACCAUCACCCGCAGGGCACUGCUGCGCAAGGACCCCCUUGAGGGUGUGUGGAAUUGCGCAGAGGGCAAGGCAAACGCUCCAGACCCUGGGGAGGACUGAUGCCAGCCACCACCAUCAGGGCUGGAGGAGGAGCAUGUGAGGGUGGGAGCCUUGGCGGGAAGGGCCAGGAAGCUAUACUCCUCCAUCGCCUGAGUAAAGCUCUUCUGACUGAUCCACA